UGCAAGGUUGGGACCCCGGAAAGGCUUACCCGUUUUCACCCUCCUCCUAACCCUAAGGGUAGAACAAGGUCAGAACAUGGUACCACACACAUUCAUGAAGUUAUAUAUAUAUAAACUGCUCUAACUUUUCUAACGGGCAUACGAAUGAGAAGUGGUUUGCAGUAAAUUAAUUUAUCAAUCAAUAAUAUAUUAUGUUUUUGUUCAGAAGUCAGAUUUAGUUACUGAGAAUGGAUGGACUGACGGAAGUGUGGGGCUCAGCCUCGGAUAUCGGAGCCCGAUCUUUGUUUCUUCCGUCCCUACCACACAAAAAACACACAUUAAGUAUUAUAGCUGUUUCCAAAGAAAUAAUUUGAAAGCUAUAGGCUUUGUAUGGAAACAAUUAGACAUAUCAUAAAUCUUAGUUCAAGCCCUAGUGUGCUAAAAAGACCACAACUUACAGUAAUGAAAAAUUAUGUACAUUACAUACCUUUUGCAGCGCCAUUGCUCUUCUGUGUUAUGGUUCUUCUUCCUCGUCAUUGUCUUCUUCUGUGUUUAACGGUGGUUUGCAUCCACAGUGUUGCACUACCACCCUGUGGUAUGGUUUUAUCUUGAAGUAGCUUCUUCUUCUUGUUUACUGGCGGGUGACAUCCAAUGAAAGGGUGCAUUAGCGCCCUCUGGAGAAGAGCUUAUUCUAGAUCAGGGGUCAGAAACCCACGACUCCGGAGCCGCAUGCGGCAUGGAAAUGUAAAUGUAAAUGAUAAAUGUUAAAUGUAAAUGUAAAUGUAAAUGUAAAUGUAAAUGUAAAUGUAAAUGUAAAUGUUAAAUGUUAAAUGUAAAUGUUAAAUGUUAAAUGUUAAAUGUAAAUGUUAAAUGAUCGCAGAGAGCAAGACUGAAUAUUCAUGAAUGUGCAAGUAGACUCCACCCCUACCCUCAAACAGCGCUGGUCUCAGAUCAGAGACACGAACUCAAACACCUCAAACAGUGCGCGCAAACCCCGCCCACAUCUGACCUGGAAACGUAGCCAUAUAUAACGUUUCUAGCUGAAGUGGUUACAUACUGUCAUUCAAUGACUGUGCAGAGGAAGUUAAACUUCACUGGGUUCAAUGUAUGUAAAACAUAUCAGUGAUAGAACACCAUCUGAUACAUCCCAGUGACUAUGAAAGGAGGCCACGAGCUCCUGAAAAAAAAUGAACAUAAUGAACACCCAGCUACAGGCAGGACAACAGUUUAAUCAAAGAGCUUCAGUUUUAUUGAUCUGCAAAAGAGGGAAGAAAUCCUUCAAGCUGCUAAAUUUGAUGCAAAAGAACAUGAUUUGUUUAUAUAUUUAUAUAGAAUUUAAUGAAUAAUUCAAUCAAUAAAUGUUACUGUUUGUUUUGCGAUAAUUCUGUAUUUUAUAUAUGUAGAUAGUCUGUGUCUCUGUAACUUUGCUUCUGUGUAACUAGAACAGAUUCUGUCUUUUUCCUGACACCAAGCUCUGAACAAAAACCAAUCCACCAAAAUGCAGCUUUGUUCACAAGUCGGCUUAGAGGAAAGUGACCAGUCAUAAGAAUUUGUUUUAGAUGCAGACAUAACCUGCUGAUUGGACCCUACCCAGGUUAAAGUCCUUUGGUCUUUUGUCUGAGAUAACAAGGUUUUUAUGUGCAGUCAUGUAUUUGAUCAAAGUGAAACUAAAACUACAACUGGUGGGAACCUGGUUAAUAAUUGUUCUACUUUGGGUUUUUACUAUAAAUAGUUGACUUCAGACAUCCAAACGACAGCUUGGUAAAUCAAAGUAAUGGGAGGAAAUUCAUCUAAACAUGAAGCUUCACCUACACCUCCACCCCCGCCUCCAUCUCCACUUUUUGACAAACCAUGGAGGGAUAUAUACUGGGACCUCAACCAGCAAGCUCUGGACUGUGUGAGAAAAUACAAACCUUCUAUUGAAGGUCAGCAGCUCAGGAUUCUGCUUCACGGUGACGUUGGAGUCGGGAAGUCCAGUUUCAUCAACUCUGUUCAGAGUGUGUUACGAGGCAGGAUGUGUGUGGAGGCUCUGGUUGAUAACAAGGCUACUGUCUGUUUUACCAAAGGGUACACGACCUACACCAUCCAAAAAGGAGGUCCAGGCUCCUUUUACCCUUUCAUGUUCAACGACAUCAUGGGCCUCAGCACAAACAAAGGCAUCCUGGUGGACGACAUCAUUCUGGCUUUAAAGGGACACGUGAAGGAAGGCUACAAGUUUAAUCCAGAGUCUAAACUAUCAGAAGGAGAUCAGUUCUACAACAAAUCUCCAUCUGACAAUGACAAAGUCCACGUUCUGGUUUGUGUGGUUCCUGCUGACACAAUACCUUUGAUGAAGGAUGAAGUCAUAAAGAAGAUUAAGGAGAUCAGGAUAAACGCCAGUCGACUGGGGAUUCCUCAAGUGGCUGUUAUCACUAAAGUGGAUGAGGCCUGUCCAGAGGUGAAGAAAGAUCUGAGGAACGUCUACAGGAGCAAAUGUAUCAAGCAGAGGAUGGAGCAGUUCAGUGCGAAUGUGGGGAUCCCCAUGAACUGCAUCUUCCCUCUGAGGAACUACCACCAGGAAAUCAACUUCAAUAACAACGUCGACUCACUGAUCCUGAGCGUCCUGAAAAGCAUCAUCAACUUUGGAGACGACUUCAUCGACAGAAACCUGCAGAAGGUUCACAGUUGAAAUAAACUGACGGUAUAUCUGCAGUUGAAUAAAUAUCAGUGUAGUCAAGUUGUACGUUUGACACCUAUAUUAGAAAUGAGCAGCACAAGUUUAGCGAAGCCUAACAUUUGAACCACCUUUUUUAAGCUUCAUGUGAACAUCAGUGUUUAAUUACGUAAAAACACAAAAACCUCAGAUCUGUCAGUUCUUCAACCGGGAACCAACCAACCAUCCUACUUCCCACUAAAUCAAACAUCUCUGUGGGACUGACUUUUUAUUCAAAACCUAAUGACUGAUGCUGAACAGAUUCCGUUUGCUGCUAAAGGUUUGCUCACUGAACAUCUGCCUGUGAUCCAGUUGGUGACUUUGCUUUUUGAAUAAAAUUAACGAUCAGCGGUGUCAACUUCAGUUGAUGGAGUUUUUUUUUGUUUGAGUCUCUUCUGAUAUUAUGACUUUUUGUUCUAAUCUAAAGAAUUGUCACUACAAUACUGGAAGCUAUUUUGUGAUGAACCGUGCUUUUUCAGAAGUAUAUAUGUAAUAUACUGCUCUUGACCGUUAGGUCAAUGUUUGAUAGUUUCUAAAUGUGCAAUGUUGUGCUUCAGGGUUGGACAGAGAGUUGGGAGACCCUACACA